AUGUGGGCCGAGAAAGAUUCAUUUAAACGUAAAAGAAAUAUUGCUGUUACACAAGCAUGGAUAUCGAAGGAUUCGCAGAGAUCACCGACGAAAUAUCGGAGUUUGAAAAUUAUAUUAAAAUAUCUAAAGUUAUAUUGUCAGUAUUCCAGUUUAAGUAGUUUAAAGUAUCUUGCCGAUUCUCAAAAAACAUGGUUUGAAAGUUUUAACGCAAACAUCACGGACCUGUCAAUCGAUGAAAUCGUGGAGUUGCUCAAGCAAUUAGGCAAUAAUUACCCUUCCAGUUUCAUCAUGGAGGAAAAUCGUAAUGUGGAGGUCGAUCAACUUUUAAACACUUAUUACAACGGGUUUUACGACAUUACCAAAACAAUGAAAAAUCUGUCGCCGCUAUGCAUGUCGAUGCUACUGAAGUGCAAGCUGCACGGGACCUACAGACCCUGCACGACGCUUUUCGAAUUUCGCAAGACGCAGGACGGAUUCUGUUGCACCUUUAAUUACGUACGUGAAAGAGACGACAUUCCCUCAAUGCGUGAUGUGAUUAAAGAGCCAUUUGGUACAAAACAAAAAGUAGAAGAUCUCGGGAUAGAGCACGGUCUAACAGUCUUGAUGGACCCAUUUUUGGGUGAUUAUUUCUUCCCCAUACUGCCUGUUAAGGGUUGGAAGAUUAUCGUGUUUAAUCCUACCGAUUUUCCGGAUGUAUGCAGCGGUGGUGUCACGGAAGUACUCGCGAUGCCCCGCACUGAGACGUAUAUUGAUGUGGACGCAACGUCCUUCUUCAGCACUGAGAUUAUCGAGUAUUUUCCUGUGAAUCAACGCAAUUGUAUUUUCUCGGAAGAGAUGCGCACUAAGCACAGUGAAACAGUCUAUACUUACAGUGACUGUAUCGUCGACUGCAAGAUUUACGACAUGAUAAAGCUUUGCAACUGCAGACUGUUCUUCUAUCCACGUCGUGGCGAAAAAGAUUUUUCGGAGCGUAUUUGUACCAACGCCGACUUAGCUUGCCUGACUAAAUAUAAGACUAAAUGGUUCACCGUUUAUCCUCAUGAGAAUAAACAAGAGGUUCUUCCAGACAGCGAAUGGGCUUUGCAUUGUAACAUUUGCUAUCCUACUUGCAAAGAUACUGGUUAUGAUGUGUUAAGUUCAAAAAGUUAUAUGUCGACCGGUGAAUACAGAACUGAUUUACUAUCGAACUUUAACGUCACAGAUCAGGGGAUACUGCACGUUUACUUCUCGAACUAUGACUCAAUUAGGUUGAAGCAAGACGUGAUUUAUUACUGGUACGACCUGCUGAGCGAUAUGGGCGGUAUAUGUGGUGUCUUCAUCGGCUUCAGUCUCAUCAGCAUCGUGGAACUGCUGUAUUUCCUCGUUCUCCUACUUCUUCAUUUAUUCUGCGGAAAAUCAACCUUGCAGAAAGAGGACGAUCGCGAAAAAGAGACUAAAUCAAUCCAUAGUCAAACUAUACAGACAAUUUAUUGGAAUGAGUUGUUACCAUCAUCUUGGCAAUGGGUGAAAUUUUCUAACAACAGUCAGUUUUUUAACAACAGGGCUAGAUAA